AUAGAGAAGCAUCGCGUGGGCAUUGUACCGCUGCUGCUUUCGCCUCGCCCACUGUAAAUUUAAAUGAAGCCCGUGCCACCCUUGGCAACAGUACCUUGCCUAAGGUUGUCACUUUUGCGCCAUUAAACCUGAAUUAACUAACUAACCUUAGCAGCGUACAGUCUGCCCUUCCUGUUUUUUCUGCCUUUACCUGGUUGACGAAUCCUUGACAAGGCCAGCUUCGUGACGUCAUCAGCGGUGGAUAUAAAGGGCUCCCGGCAGCAAUGCAGCUUCAGGAGACAAAGCGACAGCAGCAGCGGCAAAAUGCUCACGCAAUACUUCUUUAUUGUGAAGCCACGCAGGCCUGAAUUCUACCACACUUUGGCAUUUCUGGUGAUGAUCAUUCUUUCUAGCACAAUCUUAAGGAUUUCCUCGUGUACUAUUGACUGCUUAAGCGAGGACAAGCCAAAAGCAAUAUGCUUACAAGGCGCCCCCGGCCAAAAAUGCAACUGCACAUGCGUUCCCGGUUCAGUGUCGUGUCCGCCAUUGCCAAGUGAGCUUAGACUUUGCCCAGGCGAUGAUCCUCCUCCUUGCCCUUAUGGAUGGGAGUUUCUUCUAGGAAUAUCUACAUGCACCUGCACUUGCCGUAAGUGCGAUACACUUAGCUG